AUGGGAGACCAAGAAGGAGCACAAGGGCAAGACAAUCUUCCCCAAGGUGCGUUUAGUUUCCCCCAAGAGGAGAACCAAGUGCUUAAGAAAUGGGAUCAACUCGAUGCUUUUCAACGCACACUAGAGCUUACUAAAGACUUGCCGCCAUUUGCCUUUUUCGAUGGACCACCUUUUGCCACGGGUACGCCUCAUUACGGGCACAUUUUAACUUCGACGGUGAAGGACAUUAUUCCGCGAUAUGCUACUAUGAAUGGGUUUCAUGUUGAGAGGAGGUUUGGUUGGGAUACACAUGGUUUACCGGUAGAGCAUGAGAUCGACAAGAAAUUGGGCAUUACCUCCAAAGAAGACGUUUACGCUAUGGGUAUUGACAAGUAUAAUGCCGAGUGUAGGGCUAUUGUGAUGAGGUAUGCAGACGAGUGGAGGAGGUCCAUCAAGAGACUCGGAAGAUGGAUUGAUAUGGACAAUGACUACAAGACCUUGUACCCCGAGUUUAUGGAAUCCGUUUGGUGGGCCUUCAAACAGUUGUUUGACAAGAAUGCCGUUUACAGAGGAUUGAGAGUCAUGCCCUAUUCAACAGGAUGUACUACCCCUUUGUCCAACUUUGAAGCCCAGCAAAAUUAUAAGGAGGUUAAUGAUCCAGCUAUUACAAUAGCCUUUCCAUUAGUCGAUGAUCCAGAUACCAUAUUGGUUGCGUGGACCACUACUCCUUGGACCUUGCCCGCAAACAUUGCACUAGCCGUCAAUCCUACGUUCACAUAUGUGAAAAUCUAUGACGAAAAAGCUAAAAAAAAUUAUAUCUUAUUGGAAGAAUUGUUGACCACUUUGUACAAGAAGCCAGCCCAAGCCAAAUUUAAAGUGGUUGAAAGGGUACCUGCGGAAAAGUUGCUUGGAUUGAGAUAUGUUCCUCUUUUUGACUAUUUUUACGAUACAUUUAAAGAUUAUGGUUUCAAAGUUAUUGCUGGUUCAUAUGUUACCAACGACUCUGGUACCGGUAUAGUACACCAAGCUCCCUCAUAUGGUGAGGAGGAUUUCACCUGUGCUACAGCAGCAGGUGUUAUCAAUGAAAAAAGACCACCUCCAAGUGUCGUUGAUGAUGCCGGUAAAAUGACAUCCGAAGCAAAGUUGGUUAGCGGAAUGUAUUUCAAAGAUGCCGAUAAGGUUAUCAUCAAAAAGUUGGUGGAAGAGGGAAGGAUUUUGGUCAACUCGCAGGCUAAGCACUCGUACCCAUUUUGUUGGAGGUCGGAUACACCCUUGAUGUAUAGAACAGUUCCUGCAUGGUUUGUAAGAGUUGGCGAAGUGAUUCCGGAAAUGUUGGAGAAUGUUGAAAAAACAAGCUGGGUCCCAUCAAACGUGAAGGAGAAGAGAUUUUCCAACUGGAUUGCUAAUGCUAGAGACUGGAACGUGUCUAGAAACAGAUACUGGGGUACUCCAAUACCAAUUUGGGUGAGCGAGGACUUUGAAGAGAUGGUUUGCGUUGGGUCCAUCGAUGAAUUAAAAAAACUAUCUGGCCGCGACGACAUUACAGAUAUACAUCGUGAAAGUAUUGACUCCAUAACCAUUCCAUCAAAGAAAGGUAAAGGAAACUUGAAGAGAAUUGAAGAAGUGUUUGACUGUUGGUUUGAAUCUGGUUCAAUGCCCUAUGCAUCCAAACAUUAUCCAUUUGAAAACAAGCAGAAAUUCUUGGAUGCGUUCCCUGCCAACUUUAUUGCGGAAGGGUUGGAUCAAACCAGAGGUUGGUUCUACACAUUAACUGUUUUAGGUACACAUUUGUUCAAUACUGCUCCAUAUAAAAAUGUUAUUGUUACUGGUAUUGUGUUGGCAGCUGAUGGUAAAAAAAUGUCGAAACGGUUGAAAAAUUACCCAGAUCCAGGAUUGAUUUUGGAAAAAUAUGGUGCUGAUGCCUUGAGAUUGUACUUGAUUAACUCGCCCGUUCUUAGAGCCGAAACUUUGAAAUUCAAAGAAGAAGGUGUUCGGGAAAUUGUUUCUAGUGUUCUUUUGCCAUGGUACAAUUCCUUCAAGUUCUUUAAAGAUAGUACAGAUUUGUACGAAAAGAAUACCGGUGAGAAGUUUGUUUACAAUCCAAAUUUGAAGUCACACAAUGUGAUGGACAGGUGGUUGUUAGCUUCUAUUCAAUCGUUGAUUAAAUUUAUUCACGAGGAAAUGAACAGCUACAGAUUGUAUACUGUUGUUCCAAGACUAUUACAAUUUAUCGAUGCUUUGACGAAUUGGUAUAUCAGAUUCAACCGUCGUAGAAUCAAGGGAUACUCCUCAGACGACGUUGAAGAUACAAAGAAUGGGCUCAAUACUUUAGUUGAAGCGUUAUUGAUUUUAUCAAGAGCAAUGGCCCCAUUUACUCCGUUCUUGGCUGAUGGUAUUUACCAACGGAUCAGGGAGUACUUUACUGAAGAGCUUUUAGGGGAUAUUGUCAUUAAUCCAGAGGUUAAAGAUUUUGGUUCUGUGCAUUUCUUAAUGUAUCCAAAAGUCCGAGAAGAGUAUUUUGAUGAAGAUAUUGAAAUUGCUGUUGCAAGAAUGCAAAAAGUGAUUGACUUGGGAAGAAACAUAAGGGAAAAGAACACCAUUUCUCUCAAGACACCAUUACAAACAUUGGUUAUUAUCAAUGCUGAUCCAAAUUACCGCAAGGACGUUGAAUCGUUACAGGGUUAUAUCAGCAGCGAGUUGAAUGUCAGAGACAUUAUUAUAACAGAAGAUGAAUCCAAAUAUGGUGUUAAGUACUCACUUGUUGCAGAUUGGCCUGUACUUGGUAAGAAGUUGAAGGGAGAUUCCAAAAAGGUUAAAGCGGCACUUCCUAAUGUGACAUCAGAGGAAGCUAAGAAGUUUGCCAAUUCAGGGAAAAUCACUGUUGAUGGCAUUGAUCUUGUCCAUGAAGAUUUACAAAUCUUGAAAGGUUUAGGCGAAGGUGCCGACGGAUUAGAGUGUCGUUCAUUCCAAGAAACAUUAGUGUUGUUGGACACAAACUUGCAUGCUGAAUUGGAAAGCGAAGGAUUGGCCAGGGAACUUCUUAAUCGUAUUCAAAGAUUGAGAAAAAAAGUUGGUCUCAACUCAACUGAUGAUGUCGUUGUUGGAUAUCAACUAGUUGAUGACAAGAUGAAUUUCAAGGAUGUUGUGAAAUCAAAUGAAGAUUUGAUUCUCAAGACAACUACAUUCCCAUUGAAAGAAGUUCAAGAGAAUGACACUGAUGCAAUUGUAACCGAGGAACAAAAGAUCAAUGAUACCAUAUUCAAGUUGCUGUUAUUUAAAAUGGAGUAA